AUGAAGUUCGUCCAGAUUCUCGGUGCUGCUGGCCUUGCCGCCGCUCUUCCGGCUGCGCCCGCCAACGACAUGGCCGAUGUUAUGGCCCGUCAGUGGGGUGGCAGCAGCACCCGCAACGACCUCCAGGACGGCAACGCGGCGGCUUGCCCCAAGGUGAUCUUCAUCUUUGCCCGGGCCUCGGGUGAGCGUGGUAACAUGGGCUCGAGCACGGGACCUGCGGUCGCGAGCGCGCUCACGAGGACCUACUCGGAUAUGUGGGUGCAGGGUGUGGGCGGCCCGUACGACGCGGGGCUGGGGGAUAACGCUCUUCCCGCGGGCACGUCGAAGGCAGCCAUCGACGAGGCUAAGAAGAUGUUCACCAUGGCCAACGAGAAGUGCCCCGAUGCGGCCGUCGUUGCCGGCGGCUACAGCCAGGGCACCGCCGUCAUGUCCAACUCGCUCGGCCAGCUGCCGUCCGAGGUGCAGGACCAGGUCAAGGGCGUCGUGCUCUUCGGCUACACCAAGAACGCCCAGAACCGCGGCUCGAUCCCCGACUUCCCCGACGACAAGCUCAAGGUGUUCUGCAACGCGGGUGACCGGGUCUGCACCGGCUCGCUCAUCGUCGCCGCCCCCCACUUUGCCUAUGGUCGUGUGGCCGCAAGCGAGGCUCCGGAGUUCCUCAAGCAGAAGAUCGAGAGCGCGUAA